UGCGAUUGCCCGUGGGGAUAGGAUAUCCGAGAGACUUCCUAGUCUUCAAUGUUGCUCCGGUGUACGACGGUUGAAUGGCCAGCAACGGUCAGUUUUAUGAAUAUCUGUUCCUUCCACAAGAGCAGGAAUCCUAAUGUACGCACACUCGACUUCUCAUGUUUCAAAUCUCGAAGUACUUGCGAUAAUUUUGCUGUUUUGAGACAGUUUUCUUCUAAGAAGAAGAGUGGUUCCAUGAUUGUUUUAAGAGUAUCCCACAAAGAAGCCGCUUAUGUGGAUGAAGGGCAUCGGAUGAGCUCCGAUUUGAAAGGUUUAUGCAGAGAAGGGCGAGUAGAAGAAGCCCUCGAACUCAUGGACGAUAUGGAAAGACGCGAAAUUUACAUUGUUCCAGACAGAUUUCUUGCCCUGCUGCAGAUAUGUACUGAUUUGAAGUUGUUAGAAGCCGGAAGAAGGGUUCAUGAUUACAUAUCCAGAUCCCCAUCCAAACCUGGUAUUUCCGUCUUCAACAAAGUGGUCGAUAUGUACUGCAAAGUGGGCAGUAUAGCAGAUGCCCGCCAAGCUUUCGAUGAAAUGCCCAAACGGAACUUGUUUUCGUGGAAUUACAUGAUAAUGGGUUUAGUGGAAAAUGGGAAAGCAGAAGAAGCCCUAGAAAUCUAUAACGAGAUGAGAACAAAUGGUACGAGACCAGACGGGUUUACUUUCUCAGGAGUCCUAAUGGCUUGUGCGAGCUUAGGGGCCUUGGAAAAAGGACUGGUGCACUUCGAAUCAAUGAGCAAAGACUACGGGAUUACUCCUUCCACGGAGCAUUAUGUUUGUGUUGUUGAUCUACUCGGAAAAUCAGGGAAGACUGCUGAAGCCAGGCUGUUUAUAGAUAAGAUGCCAAUCGAACCCAGCUCCCUUGUGUGGGAGACGCUACGAAAAUAUUUCCCCAGUGAAAUCAAGAAGCAGACGGCGGAACCGGGUCGUCGUGCUAUAUCUUCUUCUGGUUUGAAACAGAGCAUUUUGCCUGAAAAGAAAUCAAAGAUUAACAAGAAUCAAACAAUUACGAACCCAAAGAAGAAAGAGGUCUAUGAGAAGCUAAGAUCUUUGAAUGAGGAAAUGAAGGAAGCAGGUUAUGUACCUGACACGAGGUAUGUGCUUCAUGAUAUCGAUCAAGAAGCAAAGGAGAAAGCCCUGCUCUACCACAGUGAAAAGCUGGCUAUUGCAUUCGGGCUAAUUAGUACUCCACCAGGAACCACGCUGAGAAUAAUCAAGAACCUCCGGAUAUGUGGAGACUGCCAUAAUGCCGUCAAGUUCAUAUCGAAAAUAGAGAAGCGAGAGAUCAUUGUCAGGGACAACAAAAGGUUUCACCAUUUCAGGGAUGGCAAAUGCUCCUGUGGGGAUUACUGGUAAAACUGUAAACUUAGCGGUUCUUCCUUCUGUGUACCCUGUGGGCUGUAAAG